AUGAACCGCAAGAAGCUGCAGAAGCUGACGGACUCCUUAACUAAAAAUUGCAAGCAUUUUAGUAAAUUUGAAGUGAAAUGCCUUAUCAACCUCUUCUAUAACCUGGUGGGAGAAGUGACCGAGCGGCAGGGCGUGAUCAUCGGGCUGGACCGCAAUGCCUUUCGGAACAUCCUGCAUGUGACGUUUGGGAUGACAGACGACAUGAUCAUGGACAGGGUUUUCCGAGGGUUUGAUAAGGACAACGAUGGUUGCAUAAGUGUAACAGAGUGGGUGUAUGGAUUAUCAGUGUUUCUCCGAGGAACUUUGGAAGAAAAAAUGAAAUAUUGCUUUGAAGUGUUUGACUUGAACGGGGACAGCUUCAUCUCCAAAGAGGAGAUGUUCCACAUGCUGAAGAACAGCCUCCUGAAGCAGCCAUCUGAGGAAGACCCUGACGAAGGCAUCAAAGACUUGGUGGAGAUCACACUGAAGAAAAUGGACCAUGAUCAUGAUGGGAAGCUGUCUUUCGCGGACUAUGAACAGGCCGUGAGGGAGGAGACCCUUCUACUGGAAGCGUUUGGGCCAUGUCUCCCUGACCCAAAGAGCCAGAAAGAAUUUGAAGCCCAAGUAUUCAAAGAUCCAAAUGAAUUCAAUGAGGUGUGA